AUGUGCUCUGCGAAUACUCGUGAAGGCAAUAUAUAUGUAUAUGUAUUUUUUGCUCUUUUUUUUUUUUUUUUGUAUUGUGCCUGUUUUGCUUUGCUUUUGGUUUAUUUCAACGUGGACCGAGGAGGAGGGGAGACGGAGAAGAUGCGGCGGACAUGGCCUGCACGUUGUGCCGCCAACACUUUGGCACCGGCGAGGGAGAUGGAGCGACGUCUGCGUUCACGUGACAUGACGCUGCGCGUGACCACAAAGGAUGGCACUCUGCGUCUUGUGUAUGCAUCCACGUUGGGUCUCCUGCGGGAGACUCUCCGGCGACACCGGCUGGCAGCACGCACACAUGGCUGUUGCCCUUUCUUGGAACUACUCGGGACACACCUGUCAUUCACGAACAUUCUGGCGGCGCUCCAAGAAGGAGAGGAACGUGUGUCCUCUCGAUUCACGGCGGAUGAGGCGACUGUCGUUACCGAAGCACUGGCGCUUGGAGAGUGUCGAUGUUGCGUACGUGGCGACAACAAUGGCAGCAUUGAGGGGCCGUCAUUCCCGCUCAUAGUUGAGCGGGCCUUGUAUGGUCGGAGGCAGGCCUUCACUUCUGCGACUUCAGCGAGAUUUGAUCGGAUUGUCUCUGAGGAUGAGGAAGAAAUAAAUGACGCUGAUGCGAUGUCAACA